ACCCAUGUUUAAAAAGAGUCCACUUCCAUAGCAACCUGCUCUGUGUAAUAACAGGUUUUGUGAGUGGAUUUCCCUUCAUCACGGCAUUAGGAAUGUGGCUUUGAGGAGUAAAACAUGACUGGUGCAAUUUCCACAGAGUUUUCCCAACUUACUCUUGACAAUUUUGAGGACUUUCUGACUGAUGAUCUCUUUGUUCACGCGUUCAACACAUUUUUAAGUCUGCCGUCUUUCCCGCAGGCUUUGCUGUACAAUCAGGAGACUGAGCAGUUUGAAGUAGUCAGCAGAGCAGCUGAAUUCACAAUCAAAACAAUCAGAACAGCACUUGAACACAGAAAAUCACAACUUGUCACCAAUGACCCCACAAAAAAAACAACUGUUGUCGACAACCAUUACACUGUCUCUUGCCUGGACAGAGAACAGGGAAUUCGGUGGAUCAGAAAGAAGAAACUGCCAUAUUUCCUUCGAAGUAGUUGCUACAAUGAGUACAGAGGCGACAUCCCUGCAGCAAACGCCUGCUGCGCGUGUCGAUCUAGAAGUUGUGUGAGAAUACAUCAGCCGGUGUCCUUGGAGCAGAGCAGACAAAUCUACACGUACUGCAGUGAAUUGUCCAGAUGUUCCUCCAGAUUCUCCAAACACUCUUUCCCUUGCUCUUUCUCCUCCACCUCAAACCUGAAAUGUGCUGCUGGCACUGACAUCUCAGAACCCUCAGCCUCACCUGGAGAGAAUCCACUUGUGGAUUCCCUGGCUGCUGAAGUUGUUCAACGUGUGAUCGAAGAUGCUGUAUACAUGUUGACUGCACAGAGCCAAGCAAACACAACUCACCCUACCCAUAAUGCCAACACAAAUAGAUGUUGCAAGUGCAAAGGUGGGUUACAGGCUUUUGAUGAGAAGAAGAAGAAGAAAGAAAACUUCCAAGAAUGCCAAAAAUGGAGUGGUGACAAAAUACGGCCUGAAUGUGAAAAGACAAUGUCUGAGGGGAGUUGGAGCAGAGGAUGGGAAACUGACCUUGAUGUUUGCUGCCAUGGUACCUGUUGCCAAGGCAACAAACCUGGCAUUGAUGGCUUAAAGGAGUUUUUGCGAGGCACACCAGGAGGCAAGUUGUUAAAUCUGUGGUUUGACAUAGAGAGACUGAAAACGAUAGAAAACUCAGAGCGCAAGAACAGCUUUUUGGCCGUAAUGAGAAGCCGCUAUCUCCUAAGCGGCAGUCAGAACUGUCUGAACAGGGAGCAGCUCUGCACACUGUGGCUAACUACCUCCGUCUGCUGGACAGAAGAGAACAUGUGUGCCAUUCAGCCCAACCUCACAGAGUCACUCAUCUCCUACUGGUUUCCUCGCUACUGCACAUCCCUGUAUGUCCAAAAAGACAUGAGUGUCAGCCCUCUUUCUGCCUUAAUGAGCCCCACUUCACUCUGCCCAGACAGCUUUCUGUAUGGCGGAUCCUUACAUACUGUUCACACACCUUCUAUAUGUGGCGAAAGCCAAUCAGUAGACUGCACAGUAAAGGAAAAGAUGCUGCAGGCGCUGUUUGUCGACCCUCAUUCUGGCUCAUACUUCACACACUUCUGUGAGCAGUCUGGAAACCAGAUGUGGGAAAAUACCGUUUACUUUUGGAUCGACCUCCAGCACUAUCAUGAGCUCUUCUACCAGGAUGGAUUGGAUCCCUACAGAGUGCAGAGAGUGGCUCAGCUUCUGUACUCCAAAUAUCUCCUCAGCUCUGCCAGGAGGAGCAUUGGCGUGACGGAGGAGAUCAGGAGGCAGGUGUACGGCGCGAUGAUGCCGGCUUUUGAAGAACUCUUUGAUAAAGUGGAGGACCACGCCUUGAACAUUCUCAUGGAGGCAUGGACAGAGCUGGUUGACCGGGACAAAGAUUCCUUCCUGCAGGUGUGUGUCCAUGAAGUGAAGCGCUGUGUUGACUGUUGGGAAUACAGGGAGCUUCAGAACCUACACACAGAAUCUAACCAGCAAAUACAACAGGUAAUGACAUUGCCGUCUAAUACUUCACCUCCGGGCAACUGGGCCCUGGACUCUUGGUCCAACGUACCUCGACAGUACCAAGGUUACCGUUUAGGCUCCUUGUUUCGCCACUGCCAUGAGAUUAGGCACUUUAUGUCCUUUCUCCAGGAUAACGAUGUCAGUAUCCACUUGGAAUGCUGGCUGGACCUGGAGCAGUACAGGAGGACCCCUCAGAGGAACAAAGCAGUGAAAGAGGGACGAUCUUUGCACAUUGCCAACAAAUAUCUCAACAAGAAGUACUUUUUUAGUACCCACAGUCCCGCCACAACAGAGCAGCAAAAUAAUGUGUUACGCCUGGCAGGUGGACAGGAGCGUCUGAAGCGUGAGUGUCUCUCAAAGCAAGUUACUGUGAAGAUCCAGGAUAUCAUCAGGAGUCACAUUGAGAAAACGUGGCUGCCUCAGUUUCUGGCCACCGCUGAGUUUAUAGAACGACAGAAACACAAACUAAAGCCCAGCUCUGAAGAACGCAAGACAAGAAAAGAAGCGUGGAAGACUCAGGGCUUGUGGAUGAGUUCCUCCAAGGAGAUCCUUCUAUUCCGACAGCUUCUCCUCAGCCCUGCCUCCUCUUUGCAGUUCCAGCACUUUGUGGCUGUCAAGGGCGACUUCCUGGAGAAUGACGUGCGCUUUUGGCUGGAGGUGCAGAGGUACAAGGACCUCUGUCAUUCUCACAGCGCACAGGCCAUAAUCCAACAAAAGAUUUCCACAAUCAUCGACUGCUUCAUCAACUCUUACACACCUCCAGCCCUGCAGAUAGACAUCUCUCAGGAACAAGCGCAGCACAUUCUGGACAAACGCCACCGGCUGGGCCCUUACAUCUUCAGAGAUGCUCAGAUGUCCGUAUUCAGGGAGCUGCUCAGGUUUUGGCCUGACUUCCAGGAGCUGAGGAAAAGUGUGGACAAAGGAAAGCUCCUGGAGAUGCUGCAGGACAAGCGCAGCAAACAUAAAGCCAGAGUACGGAGACGCAGGAGGAGAGAAGAGGAGGAGAGGAGAGCCCAGGCUGAGCUAAAACCGAUGGAUUCCAGUUGUAGUGAGGAAGAAGACGUGGCAAACGAGAAAGAUGCAGGAGUUCCUCGAGGAGGUGAAAAGCGACUGUUGAGGACGCGGAGCAACUUGGAUAUGUGUUCUCCAGAGCCAUUGUCCUGGUCCUACUCUAAAUACAUGACGGUUCUGAAGAGAGAGGAGGCGCUGCUAAAGAGGCAGAGUCAGAAGGAAGCUUCGGUCUCCACAUGCUCAGUGUCCUCCGAAGGCAGCGUGAGGUCGAGAGGAAGUGAGCACAGUCGCCGACGUCUUUCACGCUCGUCCAGAUCAGAUGUGAAAUAACGUCAACAAUGUGAUGCGCAUCUGUCCCCAGCCAAGAUCAGCGUCAACCGGAGGAAACAAAAUCGUUUAAACUCCUCCAGGAGUUCCGGAGUGUCAGAGGGGUUGUCAUGGUUACUCCACUGAUUCCCGAGCGGACCCGCCCCCUUCUGCUCCUGGCACAGCAGUACGGGGAAGUGGAAGCUCGCACGGUUGUACAGCUGGUUGUCCACUUGCAGGGACAAGCAGUACACCUCAAUCAGAGAGGCGUCGGGCAUAAGAGUCAAGAUGGACGCCGCAGCUGCUCCAGGCUCCCUGGUCAC